AUGGACCCUCCACUUCUUACUGAGAUUAAUGUCAUUUCACUUAAUUGUUGGGGACUGAAAUAUAUCUCCAAGUUUCGUCAAGAACGCAUGCUAGAAAUUGGGAAACGCAUCGCUGCCGCAGAUCCAGCUCCACAAAUCGUCGGCUUGCAAGAAUGCUGGACGCAACAUGACUAUAAGGCAAUUCGUGCGGAAACGAAACAUAUACUGCCGUAUGGGAAGUUCUAUUACAGCGGUAUUUUCGGCGGUGGACUAGCAAUAUUGUCGAAAUGGCCCAUCGAAGAGAGUAACAUGUUCCGGUACCCUUUGAAUGGCCGGCCAACUGCUUUCUUCCGAGGCGACUGGUAUGUUGGAAAAGGAGUCGCAUCUGCGAGAAUCAGGUACGGAUCUGGUGAGAAGGAUGUGAUCGAGGUCUUCACUACGCAUCUCCACGCACCUUAUGAACGAGAACCCCACGAUUCAUACAUCUGCCAUCGAACGGCACAAGCAUGGGAAAUAGCAAAGCUGAUGAGAGGGGCUGCUGAGAGAGGUCACCUCGUCCUUGGAUUGGGAGACUUCAACAUGAUCCCACAAUCCCUCGCACAUCGUCUGAUCAGCACUCACUCUCCAGUGAAGGAUGUCUGGCUACUACUUCACCCGGAUUCCUCGGUUGGGGCAGCGGUAGAUCCAGUAGAGAAGGCACGCCGACGACCUAUACCUACAGCCGACAUCAAUAUCCACGAGAACGGAGCUACUUGCGACAGCGUCCUCAACACUUGGAGAUGGAACAAAGGGCAGCAAAAACGCCUGGGACCGAAUAAGCCUGCGAUUGAUGUUCCAAUGGAUAGGAUAGAUCCACGGGCAAAGCGUCUAGACUACAUAUUUGCUAGCACGGGCUUCGACGCAUCUCGUCCCGAUCGAGGAGGCUGGAUCAUCCAGGACGUCAAAGUAGGCAUGCUGAUGCGACACCCUGAGCUACAAUGCUCACUCAGCGACCACUUCUCCGUCGAAGCAAAACUCGUGCACUCCCGUGCCCUCCAAACGGAUACUGACAAGGACGAGGAUAUUGCGGUAGCAGAUGGUGUCUACUUACAAUCACCAGCUACAAGCGAGUUCCGUCGCUCAUAUCAUUCUCAAUUCCGCAGAGCUUCGAAUACACAUCUUCCAGUCCAGACAUACGAUGAGAUCCUCGCUAUGGUUCACAAAUAUAAUGGUCGCGAACGAAAGCAGAGACGUUGGCGACUCGCCCACUUUGUUGGGCAAGUAGUAAUCAGUAUUGGAUGCUUGAUAGCCGUGUGGUGGAGUCCAAGGAACUUUGUAGCAUUCUUGUUGAUGCUAUUAAGUACUUUGGGACUAGGUGCAGGUGUCAUCGAUGGAUUGAUUGGGGGUUUGUUUGUGGGGAGUGAGAUCAGGGCCCUGAAGGAGUUCGAGUGGGAGAUUAGCAAUGCGAGGAUGGCAGCUGGUGGGGAACCAUUUGCCAUGAGUGAAGAAGGUAUCAAGGAUUGGUAG